UAGUCCUCAACACCCCUUCUUCUUUCUUUCUCUAAACCCUAACUUGAGUUGAACCUGCUGCUUUACACUCUUGGCUAUAACUUCUCCGGUUGCUCUCUCUCUCUCUCUCUCUCUCAACCUGCCAUCUUGAUGGAUUCCUUGAGGAAUUGUUUCAGAAGCACCAAGGCAGAUCGCCAACCUAACACUACAGUUCGGUCCAAAGUUGGAUCUAGCUCACGAGAAGGAUUUGGGCUGAGGCAAUAUAGCUAUGAUGAACUAGCAGAAGCAACCGAUAAGUUUUCCAACAGAAAACUGCUCGGCGAAGGCGGUUUUAGUCUAGUCUAUGAGGGAACAAUAGAUGGGGUAAAAGUUGCUAUUAAGAAACUUAAAAUUCGUCCGGAUGAACGGUCGCAGUCGGAAGAAGAAUCGGAGGAGGAGAUUAAGGUUAUUAGCAGAGUAAGUCACAAAAAUCUCGUUAAGCUGUUUGGAUACUGCAUUGAAGGAGACGAUAUAUUGCUUAUUUUGGAGUAUGUUCCCAAAAAAUCCUUGAAACAUCAUUUACACGGAGAGACGACUUUGGAGUGGACAAAAAGAAUGAAAAUCGCCAUGGGAACAGCUAAAGGGUUAGAAUAUUUACAUGAAAAUUGCACACCCAAAAUCAUUCAUCGUGAUGUUAAGGCCGAUAAUAUACUUAUUGACGAUAAGUAUGAGCCAAAGAUAGCAGAUUUUGGACUUGCCCUUCUUUUUCCGGAAACUGGUAGCCUCACUCACAUCACUAGAUCAAACAAGGGAACUCAAGUUUAUGCAGAUCCAGAGUAUUAUCCUCAAAAAGUCUCUGAAAAGUCAGAUGUUUAUUCCUAUGGUGUGGUUCUUUUAGAGCUAAUAUCUGGAAGAAAAACUAUAUUAGAAGGCACUGAUAUUGUUGCUUGGGUACGAUACUCAUCUAUAAUAGCUAAUAUCUUUUGAAA